UAAAUCCAAAAUGCGAUCUGGCUCAUUUCUGAGUGUUAGAAAUGUUCUGCAUUUCCCCAAAGAAAAAUGGAGGCAGCAGAUCUUUAUUUAUCUCGAGAUAUUUCCAACAAACAUCUGAUUGAAAUCAAGAAUACUGAAGACAAGGGAAGAUGUUUGGUGGCUAAAACAGAUAUCGGAGCAGGAGAAAUCAUCUUUAAAGAGCUUAGUCUUGUCUGUUCUCCUUCUCCUAGUUCUCCUCCUACCUGCCUAACCUGCUCUAGUCCUGUGACCGGCAGCUAUCCCUGUCCUAACUGUGGUUGGCCGAUGUGUAAUAAGAAAUGCGCGCUAAAUCCAGUUCACGCCAACCAGGAGUGCGCUCUAUACCGCAAGUGCCAGGAACAGCUUGACAUCUCUACCUGGGAUUUUACUGAAGUCCAGCCCUUGUACGCAAUCAUCCCUGUACUACGCAUUCUCUGCCUACCACCAAAUCUACGCAAAUUACACUCGGCAAUGCAGAAUGAUUUGGCAGAUUGGAGGAAUGAUUCUGAUUUUUGUGAAAGAUUUCAGUCAGCUGUUGAUUAUCUGGCGUCAAAGCUUAAUGUUGGAUUAACUACGGAAGAAAUUUGGAGGAUUUUUGCUGGAUCUGUAACUAACGAUUUCUCACACUCACAUUCACAGGGGAGGGAGUUGGGUUGUGUUUUCCCUCUUGCAGCUUUGAUGAACCAUUCUUGCUGGCCAAACAUCUUCAGAUCAAGUAUGGAAACGGAUAAAGGAGCUGUCAUGACAGUUUCAGCUUCAAGGAAAAUACAAAAGGGUGAGGAGAUAUUUAACAGUUACAUAGAUAUUCUUCAGCCAACAAUUCUACGGUCUAUUCUCCUCAAACAAACAAAACAAUUUCAGUGCAGAUGUGUUCGGUGUGAAGACGACCUUGAUCUAGGAUUAAUUAUGCUUAGAUGUGUUCGCUGUGAAGACGACCUUGAUCUAGGAUUAAAUGGCAACGCUGUCAUCUGUCCGUUCUGUGUCAAGGGAACUUGCUUACCAAGCAGUACAGUACAGUGUAGUACAGUACAAACAUGGGCCUGUACAUCAUGCUCAAAAACAAUCCCAAUAAAAAAGAUGGAAGAAAUGAUUAUUUGGAUUGAUGAAAAAUUGAAAAAAGUUCUCUCAUCCUCUCCCCAAACUAAAAUUUCAAAAUUGGAAAAGUUUAUCACUGAGUACUCAAAGAAACUAGGCGGUCAGAAUAUGGUCAUCAUCCGGGCCAAAUACAACCUUAUCGGAAUGUAUGGGCGGCUCCCUGGUUUUACGCAACAGGAAAUGACAGAAGCAGCCUGGCGGAGAAAAAUUGUACUUUGUGAGGAGAUUUUACAAGUUUUAAAGGUUCUAGAGCCAGGUCUAACUACGAGAAAAGGAAGGAUAAUGUUUGAACUGUAUUUACCCCUAGCAAUGGUUGGGCAGUUAAUCUUAAACAAAGACAAGAGCACAGCUAAGAAAAUGUUACAGAGAAGUUUGGUUACCCUAAAGCUUGUGAUUCAGAUCCUGGGCCGCGAACCUGCUGGAACUUGGGAGUACAGAACAGCAAAUGACAGCCAACAAAACGUUGAACAGUUACAAGAAUUGAUUAACAGUCUCGGAUAAAAUAAAGAACAUUUAAACAUAUUAAACCUUUAAAUGAUAUUCUGGAACGCGAAAGAAAAACCAUUUUCUGGAUAAGGUGGUUUAAUGAAUAAAAUUUGACUUUGCAAA